CUGAUUGGGCCGAUAAUGUAAAGGAGAAUCCAUUGGAACGGCCCAAACGAAAAAGGGUAAAAUGGGAAAGAAGGAGGGGGAAGCUUCUGGAGAAGAUUUUAAGAACCUGAAAAAAAUAAUAAUAAAUAAAAUAAAAUCCACAAACGCACACGCUUCCAAACCUCAAUCCUUCUGGUGCCUUCCUAUCCUUUCCCCCUUCUCUCUCUCUCUCUCUCUCUCUCUAUAAUGUCUCUUCUGUUGUGGACCCCACUCCCUUUUUUAGUUUUUUUAAUUUUAUUUCUUUUCCUUUUCCUUCUCGAACCCACGUUUUCCUUUUUUCUUCCUUAUCAUUUACUCUCCUUACCCAGAAACUUCUAGAAACCUCUCUCUCUCUCUCUCUCUCUCUCUCUACGGGCGGCUUAGUUGAGCUUCAGACGUUGCAGUGCAGUGGCGGAGGACAUUCUCAGGCGCGGCGGUGUUCUUAACUCCUUCGAUUCCGCCCCAGGUUUUCUUCUAUUUCUUCUGAUUAGGAAACUGAGGGAGGGGAGAGGGAAGAGGGAAGAAAUUGUUCGGUUUUCUGAUCUGUGGAUUCUAAUUUUUGGAGUUUUCGAGAACGAGAGAGAGAGAGAGAGAGAGCUUAAUCUGUAUGAGACCGAGUUCGAGAUUGCUCCAUUGCCUUGACCGGAAUUCGAAUUGAAGCGGAACUUACUGAAAAUUGGAGAUCCUUACAGUUCAGAUCUGGGAGAACAGGCGAUGUCUCCGUCGCCGGCGGAACCGAUCGGCGAAUCCGGAACCGGAGAUUCUCAGAGAUCUAUUCCGACGCCUUUUCUAACAAAAACUUUUCAGCUCGUGGAUGAUCCUGCUGUUGACGACCUCAUCUCCUGGAACGAAGAUGGAUCUACCUUCAUAGUUUGGCGACCUGCUGAAUUCGCCCGAGAUUUACUUCCUAAAUACUUUAAACACAAUAACUUUUCUAGUUUCGUCCGCCAACUUAACACUUACGGAUUUCGAAAGGUUGUGCCGGACCGAUGGGAAUUUGCGAACGAUUGUUUCCGGAGAGGCGAGAAAGGACUUCUCCGAGACAUCCAGCGGCGGAAAGUAGCGCUGUCGGUUGCGACGACUCCGCCAACGCCGGCCGCCAUGGUGUCGCCGGUGACGGUUGCAGCGGCCCCGGCAGUGGCGCACGUGAUAUCGCCGGCGAACUCUGGAGAAGAGCAGGUGACGUCCUCGAACUCAUCGCCCAUGGCAUUUCAGCGAGGCACGAGCUGCACCACCACACCGGAACUACUAAGAGAGAACGAGCGGCUGAGGAAGGAGAACAUGCAACUGAGUCACGAGUUGACUCAGUUGAAAGGUCUCUGUAACAACAUACUGUCGUUGAUGACGAAUUACGCUUCAGGUCACCAGUCGGAGUCGGUGAGCGUCCGGGAUGGGAAGGCGCUGGAGCUGAUGCCGGCGACGCAGGUGAUGAUGGAAGACGAAGGCGCCGUGAGCGACGGGAUACAGGAGUUGAGGCUGAAGGUGGAGGAGGCAACAACGGCGGCGGCGGCGGCGGCGGAGGGAGUGACGCCGAAGCUGUUCGGGGUUUCGAUCGGAGUGAAGCGCGUGAGGAGAGAGGAGGAAGAGGAAGAGGAAGAAAUGGUGGGGCAGAAUCAUGUACAGUCCGAGGAAGGUGAGAACGGGUCAGAGAUUAAAGCAGAGCCGUUGGAUGAGAACUCCGAUAAUCCAGAGGGAUCCGCGUCACAGUGGCUCGAACUCGGGAAUCAAGGCUCCUGAUGGUGUAUAAAAACGACGUCGUAGCAGUAGUCGAUCAUAAUUCAUAAAUGACUUCGAGAAGAAGAUAACGUUUUUGAGAUCAGAGAGUUCGCAGAUGAUUGGCCCUGCCCUGCCCUGCCCUGGACAGCUCCAAGAAUCUCACGUGCCAAACCCGUGAGCUGGAAAAUAUACAAAUUUAAAAUAUCUCUUUUUUCUUUUUUCUUUUUGGGAAAGAGCUUGAGCUUGGUUGGUCCUUGUAAUUGUAAAAGACGAAACCGUGGAAGAUCAACCGGCUGGGUCGGUUGGUGAAGGUCUAGAAUGACGGAAAUACCCAGGAAGAUUGGCAAAUGGCAACUGGGAACUUGUAAUUUUAACCUCUCCUAUUUUUAUCUUCCAAUUCUAAUUUAAGGGGGCGAAGAAAAAAAAAAAAAGAACUGCCAGUUCUGUUUCCGGUGUCCGGUGGCGGUUGUCCAAUGUCACGUGUAAUUGUAUGGGCUUAUUAUGAGGCCCAAUUAACGUUCUUCUCUUUUUCUGGCAA